UCAAUCCCCUCUGCUCAGACCCCGGAUGAAGCUGCCAUUGGGGGGAAGUGGACUGGGCUUCACAAUAACUGGAGAUUUUUAGGAGUGACGAAAAAACGGCUAAGAACCUACCGUGGAACGAAAUUGUGUACAGUUUUGAACUGUGGACGUUUCAGAGACCACCCGCACUGUCUUGAAGGCGGCCCAAGUGUAAACUGUGCGAACAGGACAAACAGAAUUGAGCCGCGGGACUGUGCUGCUGGGUGUACGUGCUGUGUGGAAAAAAUAUAGCUGGCCAGCUACUGUGCUAAACUGAAGAGGAAACGCGGUGCUUGGAAAGACAUUGAGUAAAAGGCUCCAAUCGAAUCCCGGGGCUUGUUUAAUGAAUUAACGUUAUGUCUGCCACAAGUAUUGACCCUCAGAGACCAAAAGGACAAGACUCUAAAGUGCAAAAUGGUUCACUUCACCAGAAGGAAACUGUCCAUGACAAUGAUUUUGAGCCCUACCUCACCAGCCAGUCCAACCAGAACAACAGCUACCAGUCCAUGACGGACCCCUACAUGUCAAGCUACUAUCCCCCCUCUAUCGGCUUCCCCUACCCCCUGAGCGAGGCACCCUGGUCCACGGGCGGGGACCCACCGAUCCCCUACCUGACCCCCUACGCACCCCUCAGCAAUGGGGACCACCAUUUUAUGCACGAUACGGUUUUCGGGCAGCCUGGGGGACUGGGGAGCAACAUCUACCAGCACAGGUUCAACUUCUUCCCUGAGAACCCGGCCUUCUCGGCCUGGGGCACCAGCGGCUCCCAGGGACAGCAGACUCAGAGCUCAGCGUACGGGGGCAGCUACAGCUACCCGCCCAGCUCCCUGGGGGGCACCCUGGUGGACGGGCAGACUGGUUUCCACAGCGAAACCAUGAGUAAGGCCCCUGGGAUGAACAGCCUGGAGCAGGGCAUGGUGGGGCUGAAGAUCGGGGGCGAACUGGCGGGGUCGGGUGUCAAGGCCGUGGGCUCCAUGAUCGGCGGGGCAGCGGGAAACGGCGGGGCGCCCAUCGGCAUGCCGCCGCCCAAGCCGGCGUCCUGGGCGGCCAUCGCCAGCAAACCCGCCAAGCCGCAGCUGAAGGUUAAGACCAAGCCUGGCAUGCCCCUCCCAGGUGGGGCUCUCCCACCCCCGCCGAUCAAACACAACAUGGACAUUGGCACCUGGGACAACAAGGGCCCUGCCUCAAAACCGCCCCCUUCCCACCAGCCCCUCCCCCACCCUCAUGGCCACACCCACCCUCUCCCCCCGCCCCAGCAGGCCCCGCCCCCCCUGCAGUCGCCGCAGUCCCUGGCGCAACAGCAGCUCUCCCUGCAGGCCCCACCCCACCAGGCCCCGCCCCUUCACAACCCCUACCAGAACCACGCCCAGGCCCCACCUCCGCAAACCCGCUGGGUUGCCCCCCGCAACCGUAACCUCGGUUACGGGCAGGGAGGGGCCGUCGACGGGGGUGGCGGAGGCUCCUCUUCCUCCGGCGGAGGUGGCCCCCCAGGGGCGGGACCCGGCGGGGUGGGGGCGGGGCCUGGAGGGGCGGAGUCCCACCCAGUGCUGGAAAAGCUGCGGGCGGCGCACAGCUACAACCCAAAGGACUUUGACUGGAACCUGCGCACCGGCCGCGUCUUCAUCAUCAAGAGCUACUCCGAAGACGACAUCCACCGCUCCAUCAAGUACUCCAUCUGGUGCAGCACGGAGCACGGCAACAAGCGCCUGGACGCCGCCUUCCGCGCCAUGGCGACCAAGGGCCCGGUGUACCUGCUGUUCAGCGUGAACGGCAGCGGGCACUUCUGCGGCGUGGCCGAGAUGCGCUCGCCCGUGGACUACGGCACCAGCGCCGGCGUCUGGUCCCAGGACAAGUGGAAGGGCAAGUUCGACGUCAACUGGCUGUUUGUGAAGGACGUGCCCAACAGCCAGCUGAGGCACAUCCGCCUGGAGAACAACGACAACAAGCCCGUCACCAACUCACGGGACACGCAGGAGGUGCCGCUGGAGAAGGCCAAGCAGGUGCUGAAGAUCAUUGCCACCUACAAGCACACCACCUCCAUCUUCGACGACUUCUCCCACUACGAGAAGCGGCAGGAGGAGGAGGAGGUGGUGCGCAAGAACUUUGAACCUGCGCCCAUCCAGAACCGGUCUCGACUUGACCAGGAACGCCAAAAUCGAAGUAAACAAUAGAAGACUGUACACUUGGCUCAGUCAACAGUUAUAAUAGGACUGACAUUUUGAAAUUUAAAACAAGGAAAAAGAAAAAUGAAAUGGAAAAAUAAAUCUUUUUUUUUUUCUUCUAUUUAAUUCUGGUGACUCGGGCCAGCGUCGAGAACUCUGCUUUGUGCCGCAGGUACUUGAGCUGUGCAGGGACAAAGCAGGUUCAUAUAUCAAGUAGCUUCAGCCAUUUGUGUUCUCCCUCCCUCCCCCUUUUUAUUUCUGUUUCUCCUGCCUUUUAGUCAGACUUGUGUCAAUAUGCCCUCCCUUCACCCCUCUUUAUUUUUAAUAUAAUUUGAAAUGUAAUCAGGGUUCUGCUGCACCUGUAAUUACUCCUGGCCAGUUACUAUUUUGUACAAUCAACAAAAAAAACCCGGAUGUGUUCUAGCCUUUUUUGACCAGUAGAUGGCAGUGUGGUAGUGUUAUGGGGGUCGGCGGUACGACCCUGCUGAAGAUGCUUAGGCAGUUGGGCUAGAACAGGACAAUGACAGAUGGAAUGACCUAUGACAAAAUUUUGAUGUAAAACUAUAUUUUUUGAAUUAUGUAUUUCUUGGCAUAUUACUGUUGUGACAACUUUAAGAAAAGAGUCAAUUCAGAAAACAUGUGCUAUUAUUGUUCUUUUUUUUCCUUCUUUCUUUUUUGGAGCCUUAAUAAUAAUUAUUUUGAAAUGACACGGGGAAAUAGAAUAAUCUUUACUUAAACUAUAACAGUACUAGAGAAUCAGGGAAAGAGGCUGUCAUUGAUAACUGUAUUUUCAGUUUCAGUUUUUCUCUGCCCUUUGGGUGAGAAUGCGGUCAUGUUUGAGGUCUGCUUUGGAUCUUAACAAUACAACUCAAUUGUGUUUUUUUUCUUGUUUUGUUUUGUUUUUUUAAAUGAUGAUGACGUAACCGUAACUGUUCCAUAUUUUCCAGCAGGAUGUCUGUUCCUGUGUUUAAGCCAGUCUGAGAAAAAAGUGUAGCACUCACUGCUUUUUAAAAAAAUCAAUGAGAAAACGUGAUUUUUUUUUUUUGUUUGGUUUUUUUUUGUUAAAUUAGAACGAUGUGAUGAUGUAAUUGCAACAUUGGAGUGAAUUGUUUAUAACAUUUGGAAAUCACUUUUUUGAGUUGCAAGUCACUUAACCUUCUUUCUCUGUCUGCUUGAUCAUUUUUGUUUGUUUUUGUUUUUUUUUUGUCCUCAGUAAUGCUAAGCUUUAAUGUAGGAACAUAUAGUAAGAGAGAAAGCCUCAAAAAUGUGUAACCUGAAAUUAAUGUUACUGAUUUACUGUCCAGAGUAAGAAAAACAAGAACGAAAUAACGAUU